UACUAGUCCACCAAGAUGCGCUUGCCGAGAGGAGGAGCCUGCGGGGCAAGAUGGCGCCGUCCGUAGUUCUGCGUCGUUUUUCCCGGCUGCUGGCCUCCACACGGCUCCCGAUCAGCUCUUCAACACGGUCAAAGUUCUAUGUCCGGGAGCCGAUGCACGCCAAACCUAACUGGUUCAAAGUUGGGCUGAGCGUGGGCACCACGAUUUUCCUGUGGGGUUAUCUCAUCAAUCAACAUAAUGAAGAUGUUAUGGAGUAUAAAAGAAGAAAUGGAUUGGAAUAAACUUUGGAAAUAAAUAUAUAGACUGCUUCACGUGGUGUCAUGAUCAUUCCUCUGGAUUCGCCCAUAGGUUGAGUUGUGGAUAUGAGAAAAAAGCUAUAUGUGAAUAUGUAUCAAUCCAGUCAGCACAGACAUUUUGCAUUGUUAAAGAAAUAAAAAUACUUGUGUUCUGCACAUGUAGAGAUGGA